AUGGGCCAGUCGGCUGGGGCUGGAUCCAUUGUUCACCACAUCACCUCGUACGGAGGAGGUGGUGGUCCUUUACCAUUCCAGCAAGCGAUAACUCAGAGUCCCGGCUGGGUUCCCGUCUUUUCGGAGAAGCAGCAAAAGGCCACAAGGGAACAAUUCCUCAGAAUCCUUGGCGUGUCGACAAUUGAUGACGCCCGCAAGCUACCAUCUGAUAAAUUGAUCGCGGUCAACGCAUUCCAAAUUUACUACUCCUCUCCCUGGGGAUCUUUUCCCUACGGCGAAGUUACCGAUGGCGACUAUGUGCCUGACUAUCCGUGGAAAUUGUUACUUGAGCAAAAGUUUCAUCGCAGUCUGAACAUCAUGACUACGCACACCCACGACGAAGGACUUCUGUUCACAGGCCCGGAGUCGCUCAACGGUGACGCAUUUGAAUCGGCCGUUCGGAGUUACGUUCGAAUCUCGGAAGAAACUGCCCAUUACAUCGCCAAUGUUCUGUAUCCUCCAUCAUACGAUGGCUCCUAUGGCUAUACAGAUAGUGUACAGCGCUGGGCCCUCUUUGUUGGGGACUGGGGCUUGACUUGUAACGUUGACCACCUGCGCCGCGCAUACGAUAAUCAAACCUACGCAUAUCAGUUCAGCAUUCCCCCAGCCCUGCAUGCCGAGGAUAUUCCAUACACCUUCUACAAAAGGGGAUCGACACUCAGCAGUAUCUUUUUCAAUCGCCCUGUGGCCAAUGUCACUGUGGCGUCCGCAAUGCAAGACUGGAUCACGAGCUUCGUCCUUUAUGGUGAGCCGAAGUCCAAGCUCGCGCCAACCAUUCCUCGACAAGGCCCAUCUGCCCAGCUUAUUGACACUCGUAUUGACUCAUUCGGGUUAAUUCACGAUCGCACGGAUGGCCCACGCUGUCAAUUCUGGCAGACGGUGCAAUAUGAUGCGUGA